AUGGAGAGAGGGGCUGAGCACCCCGAAAAGCCUGGCACCUGCUCCCCGCCAGCGUCGGGCCCUCGCAGCCCCGGGCUGGGCCUCCGAAGCUCCACACCGCGCCCCCCUGCCCGUGGCCUCCGGCGGCUCAGCGGCGCGCCGUUCCCUGCAGAGCCCAGAGCCGUGGCGACGGGGCAGCUGGAGCGCCCCGGGGGGCCGGUGGAGACCGGCGGCCGGUCCCGGCAGCGGCGCCCCAGCUUCCUGGAGUGGGGGCUGCUGCUCCUGCUGCUGCUGGUGGCGGGCGCCCUGGUGGCCUUGGGCCUCCUCUACGCCCCGAACAGCCCUCCAACCGCCAGGAUCCUCAAGAACAUGGACCCGUCCCAGGACCCGUGUGAGGACUUCUACCAGCACGCGUGCGGGGGGUGGCUGCGGCGCAUCAUCGAGGAGCGAGACUCGCAGCCCCUGCUGGACAUCCUGGCGGUGGUGGGCGGCUGGCCGGUGGGUGGCCGCUCAGCUUUGGGUGUGGGUUUCAUGGGGAGCAAAGCAGAAAUCACGCCCUUCCCGCCCGUGUCUGCGACCAUGCAGAACUACCUGGUGUGGCACCUGGUGCAGGAUCGCAUUAGCAGCCUGAGCCAACGGUUCAAGGACGCACGUGCAAAGUACCGCAAGACCCUCUUCAUACAGUCAGUGCUGUCUUCGGUCAGAAUCGAGCUGCUGCCCGAUGAGGAGGUGGUGGUCUACGGCAUCCCCUACCUCCAGAAGCUGGAGAGCAUCAUCGGGGUCUUCUCAGACAGGUGCAGCCGGGAGGCCCGGGAGGUGCUGUAUGGCAAGACCACAAACGAGGUGCGCUGGCGGGAAUGCGUCAGCUACGUCAACAGCAACAUGGAGAGCGCCGUGGGCUCCCUCUACGUCAAGAAGGCCUUCUCCAGAGGCAGCAAGAACGUGGUUGGAGAGCUCAUCGAUAAGAUGCGGGCUGUGUUCGUGGAGACCCUGGGCGAGCUGAGCUGGAUGGACGAGGCGUCCAAGAAGAAGGCCCAGGAGAAGGCCAUGAGCAUGAAGGUGCAGAUCGGGUACCCCGACUACAUCCUGGACGAGAGGAGCAUGUACCUGGACAAGGAGUAUUCCAACGCCCAGGGAGGAGCCAGGUGUCCGGACUGGCCGACCCCCACCCUGGCUGGGGCAGUGCCGGGCAUGGCUGGUGGCAUUGGGCCCUCAGGGUGGCCCAGAGGGAGGGUCCAGGAGACAGGACUCCACGUGACCAGCUCACUCCUCAGCUGGAUCAUCGGGGCCGCGGUGGUCAACGCGUUCUACUCGCCAAACCGGAACCAGAUUGUGUUCCCCGCCGGCAUCCUGCAGCCCCCCUUCUUCAGCAAGGACCAGCCGCAGGCCUUGAACUUCGGGGGCAUUGGCAUGGUGAUCGGACACGAGAUCACCCACGGCUUUGAUGACAACGGCCGGAACUUCGACGAGGAGGGCAACAUGCUGGACUGGUGGAGCAACUUCUCCGCCCAGCACUUCCAGGAGCAGGCGCAGUGCAUGGUGCACCAGUACGGGAGCUACUCCUGGGACCUGGCGGAGCAGCAGAACGUGAACGGGUUCAGCACGCUCGGGGAGAACAUCGCGGACAACGGAGGGGUGCGGCAGGCGUACAAGGUGGGCCUGGGGUCGGCAUGGAGCCCUCAGAGCGACAGAGUGCCCCUGCCCAACGAGUGUAGCCGCCCCCUUGGCCAUCCUGAGGGGCCCGCCUGGCCGGGCAGAGGCGGGUGCCGGCUGCUCUGCCCACGUGUCGCCUUGACCUUAGCCCUCGGGUGGCCACUGUCCGUCUCCAAGUACGACCGUGACGGUCAUGGCACAUCCCUGCACCACGGCCCGGCACUGGGCGUCAGGUGCUCAUUCUAG